AAUAUGGAUCUAAACGAACAACAAAUCGGCAUCAAAGUGUACAACAACAAUGCAACUCCACCACCCGAACAUGAAACACUGAACCCCUCUUCCAACCCUCCACAACCCAAGAAACAUCGUGCCCUAAUGGCAAAGGGCGUCCAAAAAACCCUAUCAAAAACCUCCCUCCUCGGCAACUUCCUCCCCACAGGAACCCUCCUCACUUUUGAGAUGGUCCUCCCCUCCAUAUACAAGAACGGCCAGUGCACCCACGUUCACACCCUCAUGAUCCACUUCCUCCUCUUUGUUUGUGCCCUCUCCUGCUUCUUCUUCCACUUCACUGACAGCUUCCACGGCCCCGAUGGUGCCGUCUACUAUGGCUUCGUCACCCCGAGGGGCCUCGCCGUCUUCAAGCCCGCCGUGGCCGUCCCGGAAGACGACAGGUUUAAGGUCGGGUUCACCGACUUUGUCCAUGCUGUCAUGUCGGUGAUGGUGUUCGUGGCCAUUGCUAUUUCAGAUCAUAGGGUCACCAAUUGCCUUUUCCCCGGGAAGGAUAAGGAUAUGGAGCAAGUGAGGGAGAGUUUCCCUUUGAUGGUGGGGAUUGUUUGCAGCGGUUUGUUUCUGGUCUUUCCUACUUUCAGACGUGGGAUUGGUUGCAUGUCUGCCUAGUUAAUUAUGUAACAUGUAACAUAUGUAUGUGUGUUGUGUUGUUUUUUAUAUUGUUUCCUUACAUUGUUUUUUUUUUUUUUAUGUUUGUGAAAAUAAUGGCCAAGGAUCAACAACCCUAUUGGUUUGGUCAGGUUUGGAUUAUUGGUCGGAUAAUUGUGCUUAAUUAACUGUCAGAUUCUAU